AUGGCGCGGAAUGGCGCGGAGUGGACGCGGAAUGGCGCGGAGUGGACGCGGAAUGGCGCGGAAUGGCGCGGAGUGGACGCGGAAUGGCGCGGAGUGGACGCGGAAUGGCGCGGAGUGGACGCGGAAUGGCGCGGAGUGGACGCGGAAUGGCGCGGAGUGGACGCGGAAUGGGGCGGAGUGGGCGCGGAAUGGGGCGGAGUGGGCGCGGAAUGGCUCGGAGUGGACGCGGAAUGGCGCGGAAUGGUGCGGAGUGGACGCGGAAUGGCGCGGAAUGGUGCGGAGUGGACGCGGAAUGGCGCGGAAUGGUGCGGAGUGGACGCGGAAUGGCGCGGAAUGGUGCGGAGUGGACGCGGAAUGGCGCGGAAUGGUGCGGAGUGGUGCGGAGUGGACGCGGAUUGGCGCGGAGUGGACGCAGAAUGGCGCGGGCGCGGAGUGGACGCAGAAUGGCGCGGAGUGGACGCGGAAUGGCGCGGAGUGGACGCGGAAUGGACGGGACUUGAAGUAUUGUAG